AUGAGAUCUACUCCCCAGCGUAUCACUGUUAAUGAUUUUGUCCUGGGUUCGACUCCCAGCAAUGGCUAUCUUUGGUCGCCCCGGCCUGGAGCACCAAGGGCCCUCACUCCUUGGUCCUCCCCAUGGAUAGAUAACGCACCAGGGAUCUCCACUGGUCUUCCAAGACAUGCAAACAAUGGCCAUUUUAUUCGAAUCCUUCCUUUGCCAACUUUUUUACUUCGUCAAGCUGGAAGAGACAUUCAGGAACUUAUCCAAUUGGAUCUCACUUCUGAGGUUGCUACUAUGCUUUUAAAUAAAGAGCACCUCACUAAGGAGGGUUUACCAAAAUAG